UGGACACAAUUAUGGGAGGGAUGCUGGAUAGAAAUGGAAGCAUCUCUGGCUCUCAGACAGGCUGUCUAUGGUUGUCUUUAUUAUCUCCUGAGCUCCUUACCACCGUUGGGCUGUAAUGAAAUGUUCAAUGGAAUUAGCCCUGGAGGUCUCUCUAAUGGUCAAAGAAAUGAAGAUUACUGGGGACAUGUUUUCUGGGAUCAGGACACUUGGCUGUAUCCGAACAUUCUGCUGUUUUAUCCAGAGAUGGCCCGUCAUAUACUUAAAUACAGGAUUCAGACACUGGCAGGAGCAAUGCAGAAUGCUGAACAGCAAGGAUACAAAGGUGCCAAGUUUCCCCUGGGAAAGUGCUGUAACAGGAUGUGAAGUUUGUCCUGAGAAAAUCUAUGGUGAUCAAGAAAUUCACAUCAAUGGAGAUGUUAUGAUGGCAUUUAAGCAAUACUAUGAAAUUACAAAGGAUUUAGAUUUUUUUGUUUCGAGUGGAGGCUGGGAUGUCGUGAGUUCAAUUGCAGACUAUUGGUGCAGUAGAGUGGUAUGGAGUAAAGAG